ACCACCCUGCCCAAGUCCAUCAUGCCAACCAGCCAAUCGCGAAAAUACCGCACACCUUGUGGUAUGACGUGGUUCGCCCCCUAAUAGUAGGCGUAGGGUCUUCUAUACCGUUAAGAGGUCCUUCGAUGCCAACAAUUAGAUGAGGAUAUCUUUAGAGCAGGGCAGUUAAGGAAGAUGAACCUAACAGCUUAUUUCCUAAUCCAUAUUUGGCGAGUUAUAGGCCGAUUCAAGAGUCUCAGAUGUCACUCGGAGAAAAGUCCCGAACUCGCUAUCUAAAGCUCCCAGCACUAAGCAGAAUCACGUGUUACACUACGCUAAACUCGGCAACCGUGGUGCCAUUUCCCCACAAUUACUCUCAUCCGUGUAAUCGCCCUAUAGUCAACUUGUUGAUCUAGGUUAUCGUUUGCUCAUCAUCUUCUUGUCUAAUUCCCCUUUUCAAGUGCACAGAAAAUAUUACUGAUGGUCAUCACUGAACCGGGGUCGUCAUCCCCUGAGAGUGACAAACGGCCGUUGGUAUUGCUUCGAUCGGCGACUCCCUCAGACAGCAGCCCGUCGAAGGCUCUCCCAGAGGCCCCUGUUGAGAGUCUCUCACUACCGGAAUGGAAUACUAGUAAAGACUCGGUGGCUUGGUUUACACAACUUCGAAAGGUUAUAAAGAGUAUCAUUUACAGGUACUGUUCCGUUCUGCAGAAGGCUCUAGAGGUCUUCGAGGUUAGCAAUGCUACCGCGUACAGCCAUUACCAUUCUUUGCAAUCUUUCCUGCAAGCGACGUGGAAUAGAUGGCUGGAGUUUAACCAAAGGAAGAGCAUCACCUCCUCUUUUCUUUCAUCUUGUAUUUUUCACGAUGACUUUCUCCAGUGCCUAUCUUGGAUGAGGACACCCCACAAGGCGAGCAAAAGGCUACUUGGAGAAAUGGCUACGUUACGCACAUCGGUCCGCUCUUUAGUGAACGAAAUGUCCUCGGUACGGGGUCUCAUCAACGAUGCUUUAGCGCGUUUGGAAGAAAUGAACGAAGGCCAUGACAUGGUUCCUUUCAUUGAUCUGCGACCCCCAGUCGCUUUUAACAACUUAACUCCAGAUGCGACCGAUGCCACGAGUUCUGAUAUUAAGGAACAUCGUGUUUUGGACGAUGCACCAACUGGAGACAAUGAAUCCAGCUCGAGUGUCGGCGAGGAUGUCGACCCAGAUGAGCAAAUUCUCGCCGAAGGAGGAAUCAAAGACUGGGAGGACCUGUCAGCGAAUGGAUUCGACCCACUCUGGGUUGAAGGCAAUUACCCUGGGGAUAUACCUGAAGUAAUUGCUGAAUACUUAGGGUCUGAGGAGCGCAAUAAGUCUAUCCAGAUGGUCGGCUCGAAUAGAAGCAUUUUCUGGUUAUUUGGACUAAAUGACAUGGUAAAGGUUAUCGACGAUCCGGCGUGUCUUCUACAAGAUGAAGUGGUUCUUGUCCCUCUGGGGACUCACCCGGUAGGCUUCUUGCUGAACCAGUAUGUAUACGAACAGAAGAUUCCUGGGUAUAUUUUCAAGAGGUACGAGAGGUUCUUCACGUUCCCUCCGCCAUCGUUCUCAUCUACAGUCGUUGCUUUCCCGCUAUUCAAUAUACCUUCUCAAGUCACAAACGACAUCACUCGCCGCAGGAUUCCCGCGCUGUACCCCCUUUAUCGCCCGCAAACGUUGCCAGAGACAGUCCUAUGCUUAAAUAUGAAACACCAUAAAAGUACAGAAAAAUUAGAAGCCCAGCUGAGAAAUCAGUUACGGGAUAACCUAGAUCCUGAAAGCGGCGCGUUUCUCUUCAGGGGGUUGACAUGUCCAGCUGCGUGCUUAUCGAUGACUUUCUUUUUGCCCGUAAUUUCAAGUACUAGUUUUGAUAACGAAUUCGGUCCCGGACUCUAUGCCACACACGAUCUUGGCAUCGCGCUUGAUUACGCUGGAUUAAACGGAGCUGUAAUGGUAUUCAAGGACACUGACUUCCGAGGGAUUUCUGUCUGGAACCCGGAUAAAGAACAGUGGAGGAUUUUGACGGCAUCUUGGUUGCAGAUCCCCUUAGUUGAUCUCCAAAUGCCUGAUGAGCAUAAGGAGGCAGACGUGAUACAGGGACCAUUGUCAGCCGAUCCAUCCAUGGCCAAGAAGCAGAAACGGUUCCCCAACCAGGGAGACAAAACUCAGAUUGCAUGUGUUAGUUAUGAAAGCUGUAAGCGACUCGCUGCUUCGCUGAUUGCUAUAAUAUAUCUUACGAGUUAGUCUAUAUCUACAUAAGCUGAGGCUAGAAAUCAAUUGAUUGAUAGUCUCCACAAGCAAGGAUGACAAAAAUUCAGCUUGAAAAGAGGAAUACCGUAAGGUGCAAAGGUCCGGUUUCCUAUUUUUCGCCAUCUUCUUAGCAGCGAAGAUAGCUACGGCUUAAAUCUAGCCAUGAUAGCAGUCCGUGCAAAGUAACGGG